GAAUUGGAAUUUGUAGUUGCAGGUUGUAGUUAGACAGAUGUUAUUAUGUUUACCUGGCAGGGGAGAUAACGAUCACAGAUUGCAGUGUAUUAUUCUGCUAUUCAGUAUUCCAGCCAUUCACGCUUUCUCUUGAGCUAUUUCGCUCCUUUUCACUUUAUACCAACGAUUUUCUUCCCACCAAAAGAUGACAGCGUUUUUAGUCCUCAGUUUGAGAUUUUUCCCUUAAUUGGAAGCCCAUGUUUUAUGAAUAAAGUGUGCCACUUAAGGAAAAAAGCAAUAUACUUGAAGAGAGAAACCAGAAGCAUAUCACAAAAAACAGAAACUCUAUAUAAAUUCAUUACUUCCAUCACAGAAGCUCAGCAGACUUCUCUUCAAAUAGUUGGAACAGAAGAAAGAACUGUUCCAGUAUAUGUUGUUAUUGAUUCAAAAAAAAUAAUUCUAAACUGUUUGACUGAAAAGCUAUUAAUGCAAAGAAUCAUUGAUCCAAAAUACCAAUGGACUGGUCCCAUAGGCCAAAUAACUAAAGAAUCUCAAAGAUUUGUUUUAAAUGGUGAUGGUAGCUUGGAGAUUUAUAAAAUCAAAGCCAGUGACUCUGGGAGUUAUACUUGCAAAGUGAACUAUAUGUAUAAUCAUGAACAUCUGACUACAGAAAUCCAUUUUAUAGUCUAUGUGUAUCAUGUGCCAGAAAGGAGUAUAUAUAUGUCAUCAGAAUUCACAAGUGGAACCUGUGAAACCAGCACAAUUGCUUUAUUUGAAAAGUAUCUCUUGGAGAAAUUAGAGAGCUUAAUCUACAACCUGGGUUGUGAAAUCAAGCAGUGGAACACCCAGUGUCAUGCUGCUACAGAUACAUUGGAAAAAAUAACACAUAAGUUUACCUUUCAGUUCAUAGUGUUUCCUUUAGUACUAGGUACAGCAGAUUUUUGUCGACGUUCUCAGUGUGAACAUUCCACAAGCAGCAUCAAAAAGGCAUAUGUCAAAAUCAAGCAAUUCUUUGAAGUCCUAAACACAGAAUCUUUUCCUGGUGAUCUUUUAAGUUAUGUUCCUGGCACUCUGGCUGGUGUUAAAGUAGACCAUUGCAAACCAGGGUUUGGGAAAAACACAAGUACCAUGAGCAAUAAUACAAUAUGUCCAGGAUGUUGUGUGACAUGUCCACCAGGUAGAUUCAGUGCAAAAUAUGGAACAAUCUGUACUUUGUGUCCUGCUGGAUCCUAUAAUGGAAAAUAUGGCCAGGUGGCUUGUGAAAAUUGUCCAAAAAAACAAAGCAGUGAUGGAAAAGGUGCAGUGACAGAAAGAAAGUGUCACAAAAUUCUACCAAUGUGGACGGCCUUUUUAAUAUCUUCCACAGCAACCAGUAUUUUUCUUGUGACAAUUUGGAUCAUCAUAAUCAAUUGCUGCAAAAAAACAAUAGCAGCUCAAUACAUCAAAGAAGCAGAAUCUCAGCUUAAAAGGCGAUUACAGGCAUUUGCAAACAUUGCAAGUGAUACAGAAAUUCAAGAACAAAGAAGUAAAUUAAGUCCAAUCAAGCAGCAAAGAAAUAAAAUUGGCUUUCUAGAAGAAGAAUCUAUGGGAUUACUAAGCAAUGAUGAAAUAACAGAACCAUCCACACGUGGUUCAAGCCUAUCACCUGAUCAAAUGGGACCAGGGGAAUUUGAAAUUAACUUUGAAGAUGAGUCAUCACCCACUUUGGAAAACAACAAUAAUCUCAUUCCAAAUGCUCUGCAACACACCCAACAGAGCUUAAUAUAA